UGUAUUCGUAUGGAACGUUUCAGAUAUCUUUGGCGGUAAAAUAAUGUUUUGAUGGAAAGAAAGGGUAGGAAGGAUCAUGAAGCAUGGGGCGUUAGAAUGGUUUCUGGAGUAGAGUGCUUGUGCAAGGUUAGAGUAUUCGUUGCUCCUGAUCUGCCAGCUUUGGAAACGUCGAACUCGUCUGAUUACGAGUAUGACUUUCUUUACGAAAGGCAAGUGGUUGCUGAUCACGAGGAGUUUUUAAAAUCAAAAAAGCAUUUAGAUCAGACAGCACCAACACCAGUUUGUGAGGCUCCGUCAGUUCAACCAAAUGUGCCAUCAGAAAACAACAGCCGGAAAGUAGUGGAGUUAUCGUCUCGUCCUCAUGUCUCCGACUCACAGUCAUUUUCUUCAUGUGAUUUGCGCCCAUUAUCACUUUCUUCGGCGCCUCCACCACCUGCUGCCGCAAGCCAUCUUGUAUCUGGGCAAAUUUUGCUUCCCAGCAUCCUGGAUGGAAACCUUAACCAACUCCCUCCCCCUCAUAUAUCAGAACAAGUGGGACUCCAAGACAGUCAACAUACUGGUCCUAGUUCAGAAUUUAACUGUGCUCCUCGUGCUUCCGCCAGUUCUUCAGCCUGUACAUAUCUGAAAGAUUUUGAUAAUGGAGCUGAUGAUCCAUUUGCAAUGACUGAACUGAAAACAAUCAAUGAGCUUGAGGAGUUGAAGAAAAUUCUUUGUGAUUCAUUUACUGGUGGUUCUGGUGUGCCGUCAUCAUCAUCAUCAUCAGCAGUAGUAGCAGAUAUGCUGGCAGGCAAAGAUACCGUGUCUGCAUGCAAUGAAAAACCUCAUCCGACGAAUGAUUUAGAGGUGCAGUCUUCUGUAAAUUCAGACAAUUUGAGUUAUUCCUCUUUUUUCAGUUCUGAUAAAACGUUAACAAUUGAUAGAUCUCCUGAAACAAUCUUUGUACAACCUAAGAGUUACUCUCAAUCUCAUCUCAGAAGUAUUCAGUCAAAUACUGAGCUUAAUUCUGGAAAAUAUCUACAUGAUGAAGCUAUUUUAAAUGUUACACCCAAUAAUCUUUUAUUAGAGUCCACAAAGUUGAGUCAUAAGAAAACGGAAAUAUCUACAGCAGGCUUAAAUUCAAGUUUCUCACAAAAUAUAAAGCUGAACGCAUUACCUCAACGGCCACAAUCAUGCAGUGGUGGAGGAAGAAUUUGCGGACAGAGAAGUCUUCUCAGCACAACAAAACAUCGAAAUACUGCCUCUUUUACUGGAAAUACUGACAUAAGUCUUCACGAUUUGAAACUUGAAGAGAAUCUGCUGUCAUGGGCAACAAGCUCUGGAUUUUCGCAUUCUCAUGCACGGCGUCUUUUAGAGUUGGGUAUGAAAAAACGAGUAUUUACAUAUGAAAAUCUUGAACAGAAUAAAUUGAUUUUAUUAAAUCUUCUGCAUACAUUCAAUAAGCUGUUGACUAAUUUCUCCAGUAGUGGCAGCAGCAGUAGUAGUCCAAGUUCUCAUCGACUCUCUGAAGAAUCAGCUCUUGUAAUCACUUUGACUUUUCCAAAUGAUUUAUCCAAGUGAUUCUACUGCUGAGGUAGGGAGCGUUGUCUCAACUACAGGCAGUUGGAACGGACGAGGAUGUCAAAUCGAGCGAGAAUCGGGAACUCGAGAAACAUAUUCAUCAACCUGAAACCAAUCUGGAAAACGAAUCUCGUCACUCAGCAUCAACAACAAAAUUCAGUCGGAUUUUCAAUACAAACGUCAAGUCAGUCAGUUCUUCUAUACGGAUCAGAAACUUGGCGGGCGGGUUACAAAGAAUAUUUCCAAUAGGCUAUUGCAGACCUUUAUCAACAACUAACUGUUUUCGCUCUAUACUGAAGAUCAGAUGGUCGGGCCGGAAAGAAUCAUCAACAAGAAACUAUGGGAACAACCAAACAAAACAAGAACCAAUCGCCAAUCAACAAAUAUGCAGGAGAAAGUGGAGAUGGAUCGGACGCUGGCUGAGCAGACCGCUGGGUGACAUCAUGCGCGCGUCAGACCAUUACUCGAGUGGAACCCAAAAAUGAAGCAGGUGGCGAGUGGGAUGUCGGUGCAGGGGUCACAUGGAGGAGAUCGUGUGAAGAGAAGUUGAAAGAGUAUGGACUAACAUGGAUGCAGGUGAAAAGUACAGGAGAAGACAGAAACAAGUGGAGACGUGCAGUUGAAGACCUAUGUUCCACUAGGAACCCAAGGGAACAAUAAUCAUAAUAAUAAUUUGAACCUGUCUGCACAACAAUUAGCUCGACUUGUAAUCUAUUUAGAAGAGAAUGGUUUUUCACAAGACAUUAUUUUAUAUUAUAUUCAAAAUCCGCAUUCUAUUGAAAAUGCAGCAUUGGCUAAACUGCUUAACAGCUUAAUCCAGCGCACAAAUUCUGGUCAUCAAGUGAACAAUCGUUAAAUUCAUUUUUUUCUACACCACAUCAUGAAGUAUGAAAGAAAGAAAGUCUACAGACGAUAAGUAACUCGUCGUUGUUGGCGUAUUGUGAUGACAUGACAACACUACACAAAGAUUAUCUAUCUCGGUUUUUCUUUUUAAAAGGAAAAAUUUUCCGCUCAAUUUCUUUAUUUUCAUCAAUGUUAUAUUUCACCUCAUUAUCUUCAAGGAAGGAAGGAAGGAAUGUAUAUAUAUUCGUGUAUUCAUUCCUCAAAUGUAUAGAAUAUAAUUUUAACACUAAUAAAGGCAAAAUAAACUUUAUGCCUCUUUUUUUUUAAAACUCUUCUUGACGUUUUUCUUCUCUUAAACACUUGCAUACCUCAGGUUUAUGUGUAUUUAGAGAACAAGAUAAACAAUAAAGUGGGUGGUGCAUAGUUACAAUAAUCGAUUAUGCCUAACCUAACAUGGACAACAAUCUAUGAUCCUUUUUACUUGGUUUUCCAAUUGCCUUAUUGUAAUUUUCUGCAAGUUUAUAUAUUGUACUGAGAGUAUUCUAGAAGAUAAUUAGUCACAGCCUGUUUAUAUACAUAUAUAUAGUUCAUGAUUCAACAGUCCUUUCUAUUUUGUUUUAGUUGACUUACUUAUGUGUUCUCAUUAUCACAGCGAAAAUAAAAGUUGUCUCGUGUGGAAAAUAGUGUUUAUGUUUUUCUUUUAUGUUGCUUGUUACUUUGUUAUCGCCCCCUCCUAUAUAUACACUAGACUGGCGUUCAGUUCAACUUUUUGGCGAGGGCACGA